AUUCGACGCAACUUGUUGAACAAAUCCCAAAGAAAUAGAUUUCUUUUGGGACGAGAAAUUCCUCAAAAUGGGCAAGAAAUCCAAAUCGCAGUCAAAGUCGGCCCCUGAGGCGCCCACCAAGGGUGGCAUUCCCUUCCUGGGUAGCGCACCGCUGGACGCGGGUCUGUCUUCACUGUUCGAGAAGAGUGCUGGCCCGGUGAAAACCCCCACUGUUAAAUAUGUCGAGCUCAAGCCGAGGAAAUUGAAGGAGAGCGAGGAUGUCGCCGCGGAGGACGACGAGGCCGAGUCAGAGGACGAAGAGAUGGAGGAUGCUGCCGAUGAUUCUGCUGAGGCUAGUGAGUCCGAGGCUGAGCAAGAAAAGGCUGCCGACACCCAGAGCCGCAAGCGCAAGAGAGGCGGAGUGGAGGAUGACCUCGAGGGUUCAUACAUGCGCCGUCUUGAGAAGGAAGAGCAGAGGGCCGAAGACAAGCGCAAUGCCGAGCAAGCCAAGCGCCAAAAGCCCACCGAGGGAAAAAACGAUGACGAGAGCGAUGCAUCUGAGGCUGAGGCUGAGGAAGAUGCUGAAUCCAAGGACAGCGACGAGGAGGAGGCCGCUGAAAAGGAGCCUGUUCCUGUGCACGAGAGUGUGUCUGGUAGCUCCAAGGCCAGCGAGGUGGAAAAGUCCAACCGCACAGUCUUCUUGGGUAACGUCUCAACCGAAGCAAUCAAGUCCAAGGCUGGCAAGAAGACCCUUCUCCGACACCUGGCAUCCUUCUGCCCCAAUCUGCCAGAAUCCUCCGGCCCACACAAGGUUGAGUCCAUCCGAUUCCGUUCCGUGCCAUUCGCCAGCGGUGGUGGUGUUCCCAAGCGUGCCUCUUUCGCUCGCCGCGAGAUUCUGGAUGAUACCACCCACAGCACCAACGCCUAUGCCGUUUACACCACUGUUCUGGCGGCUCGCAAGGCUCCCGCCGCGUUGAACGGAACUAUUGUUCUCGACCGACACUUGCGUGUUGAUAGCAUUGCGCACCCUGCUGAGAUCGACAAUAAGCGAUGCGUGUUCGUCGGUAACCUGGACUUUGUCGACCAAGAAGUUGCCGAGGAGGAUGAAGACGGCAAGAAGAAGAAGCCCCGCAAGCCCUCCGACAUUGAGGAAGGUCUCUGGCGGGUAUUCAAUGCCCACACAGGCGACACCAAAGACAAGAAGGCCGUCAAGAAGAAUGUUGAAUUUGUCCGUGUGAUUCGUGAUCAGAACACUCGUGUUGGUAAGGGCUUUGCCUAUGUUCAAUUCUACGAGGGUACCAGUGUGGAGCAGGCUCUUGUUCUCAAUGAGAAGAACUUCCCCCCUCUGCUGCCUCGCAAGAUCCGCGUGACCCGUGCCCGCAAGGUGAUGAAGAGACGUGAUGACUCGGGCGGCAAAGGUGGUCGUGCCGGAGACCUGGCUCGGAAGACUCUUCAAGGUCGUGCGGGCAAGCUGCUUGGCCGUGCCGGUGCUUCACAGAUGAAGUCCGAGGGCAAGGGUGGCAUUGCCGGAAACUCAUUCGUGUUUGAGGGCCACCGUGCUAGCGAGGGUGGCUCGAAGGGUCUGAAGCUGAAGGUGAAGAGCCGUGGCUCAAAGGGUAAGCCCAAGAACCGCAGCAGCAAGCGUGCGGCGGCGUACCGGGCAGCUGGUGGACAGCGGCCAUGAUUUGAGGUCUAAAAGAAGUGUUUGAUUCUUGUAUCUUGUUGGCGUUGGGAAGGGCAUUCAAAUUACUUGCAG